ACGGUGGGUACGGCCAGGCGCCGCGCGGCCCGGCGGGCGCAUCGGCUCCGAGGCAUGCCGCGCCGCAAGGCCCGCCGGUGUCCUCUCACCUGGACCUGACGCCGCGACAGGAGCAGGCGGGCCAGGAGCAGACCGGCGCCGACAGAAGCCGGCCGGGGGAGGCGCUGCGCAGCCAGACGCCGGGCCCGGCGCACGGCGGCGCUCAUCAGGCGGCGCCACCGGUGCAGCUUGACUCCAGCCUGGACUCGGACGGACGCCCGCGGAAGCAGCCGUCCGGCCAGCGCGGCGGCCACGCGGGCAUGGAGCCCGAAUGGCAAGACCGUGUGGCGGAGACGGAGCUGCGUCAGAUCCUGGAACCCCAUUCUCGCCGACCCGAGGUCACCGCGCCGCCCUCGGGGACCGGCGGCGGCGCCACGCCCCCACUGCCGGCCUUGGAUGGCUCACCGCCCCGGUCCCCCGUCACCACCCCCCACCUGUCCUCCAGACCGGGCGGCGGGCAGGCCCAGCCGGCCGCCGUCGGCUCCAGUCAGCCCGACCUCCUGGAGGACGCCGCAGCGCCCGGCGCCGGCCCAUUCCCCGGUGGCAGGGUAGGCUCUGGCUCGGCGACGCGGCGAACGCCCGGCGCAAGCCAGGGCCGCGGCUGGGCGCCCCGGAACAGCAAGGAGUCUCCAGUGAUGACCCGAGAGCAGCGAGCCCGGCAGCGAGGCGCCACAGGCAAUCGAACCGGAACGUCAGGUUGGCUGGGCGGCGAGCUGGCCUCGCUGACCACCGGCCGGGAACUGGAGUCGGCGCAAGACCAGACCACAGACCAGACCACCGACGACGAAUCGACCGUGCUGGAGGCCGGACUCGACGGGCCCACGGUCCGCAAGCAGCUGCAGAGCUUGGGCACCAUGUAUUCCGAGGUGCUGCGGCUGCUGGGCGGCCAGGGGCGGAGCCCGACGGCGCCGCGGCCGGCCAGGGGCGGCACCAGUCGUCCGCGGCCUGGCGGCGGCAGCGUCUCCUCGCUGCCCUCCUCGAUCGGCAGCCGGCCCGCGCGCGACCGCCGCCGCGACGACCGCAGGCAGCUCAGAGACGCCAAGGGGAUCAACAAGCGGUUCCAGCGGCUGGAGAGUCACGUGGUGACUCUGGCCAGGAGCGUGGCCCACCUCUCCUCUGAGAUGCGGACCCAGCACCUCAUGUUCCAGGAGAUGGAGUCGAUCCGUAGUGAGCUGGCCCAGCUGCGGCAGGCUCCUGGCGGCGGGGCGCGGCCCGGCGCCAACUGGGGCCUGCUCAGUAGCGGCGCCGCCUCGCUCACGCAGCCGGCGCGUGUGCGCAAACUGACGCGCUUCUUCGGCGACGAGCCGCCCCUGCUGCGGCUCUUCCUCAACAAGCUAGGAUACGAGAAAUACGCCACCCUGUUCGAGCGGGAACGUAUCGGGAUGCUCGAGCUGCCCUACAUGACGGAGGAGCGACUGCAGAAGCUGGGCGUGCCCAUCGGACCGCGGCUGCGCAUCCUGCACGAGGCCCAGGUCUCGCUGCGCAACGACAACCUCAACGUUUACAUACUCUGAGGGCAGCUGUCAAGCCCAGGCGGCCACCCGCCCUGGACAUGCCUGCAGGCUCGGGGUCCGCGGUCGCGGAGCGUCGCUCCAGCCUCGCUACCUUGACUCUGGCGUGCGGGCACGCCCAGCGCGCGCAGCCGCACUGAGAGCAGCCUCGCCUUCCGCACCGAACAUGUACUCCGCCCUGGACGCCCGUCUAUAGACUCCAAAGCUUCGAAAGUUUUGCUCUCGUUCUCUUUCUUUUUCCUCCCCUCUCUCUCUCACCAGGGAUUUAGACCGUCACGGCGACGUGGAGUGGCCGGCCCGUAGGGCAGGGCACCGCAGACACGUGGCGAGUUUGUGGCUUUGUACAGCUGAAACCGAUGUGCGGUUCACUGGAUGCAAGCUGCUGGAGGCCUUGUUUGUUACACACGCGACCGUCAUAUUACUGUGGGCUCUAGCGGGCUGCUGCGUUUAAGAAGCAGCUGCCCCAACCGACGGCGCGCUGCUCUCGCUCCGCGUGAGACGGUGAUGAGCAUUUGCUGGGUGAUGUGCGUUGAAGCGGUGGACAUUUCUGCCGCGGCUUCCUUCAGAUGUGUUGUCGAGAUUGUGGAGGGGAAUGUCUAGCUUGCUAAGAGUUGGACACUAUCGAUGAGAAAAUUGUGAUUGAUAAAGCAGUGGUUAUAGGAUGGUCCGGUAUUAGUUAAGCGCGUGUAAGCGGGCUAUCAGAUGAAUACAUGAGAUAAAAUCA